ACACACGAAGCCAAUAUUUUUUUUGAGCGUGGCGGCGCCGUGCUGCUACUGGUGCCACCAGUGCUACCGCUGCACGAAGCUUACGAAGCAAACUAAACUGUGACUGAUUGUUAAUUAUUAUAGAAAGCAGCAUGACUAUAGCGAUCGGCUUCGAAGGGAGCGCGAACAAGUUGGGAGUUGGUAUAAUACGCGAUGGCGAAGUUCUGUCGAAUCCGCGAGUAACUUACAUAACUCCACCAGGCGAAGGGUUUCAGCCAAGAGACACAGCUCUGCACCAUCGAGCACACGUUUUAGAUGUUCUUGAAAAAGCACUCCAAGAGGCAAGCAUCACGCCAAAAGAAAUCGACGUCGUAUGCUACACUAAAGGACCUGGUAUGGGAGCUCCACUGGUAUCUGUUGCCGUGGUUGCAAGAACAAUCGCGCAGCUAUGGAACAAGCCAAUCAUAGGUGUCAACCACUGCAUUGGUCACAUUGAAAUGGGGCGCCUAAUCACUGGAGCUUCUAACCCAACUGUACUAUAUGUGAGCGGCGGCAACACUCAGGUAAUAGCAUACAGUGAGAAGCGCUACAGGAUUUUUGGGGAGACUAUUGACAUUGCUGUUGGGAAUUGCCUGGACAGGUUUGCGAGAGUGCUGAAACUCUCAAAUGAUCCAAGUCCCGGCUACAACAUAGAGCAAAUGGCAAAAAAGGGCACCAAGUUGGUUCCACUCCCGUACGUUGUCAAAGGCAUGGACGUCUCAUUUUCAGGAGUGCUUUCCUUCAUUGAGGAGAAGGCGGAGUCCCUUUUAAGUGAAGGCCAGUGCACACCUGAGGACCUGUGUUUUUCUUUACAAGAGACUGUAUUUGCAAUGCUUGUUGAAACAACAGAAAGGGCUAUGGCUCACACUGGCUCCAGUGAAGUACUAAUUGUUGGUGGAGUUGGCUGUAAUAAGAGACUACAGGAAAUGAUGGGCAUCAUGGCUCAAGAGCGCAAUGCCAGGUUAUUUGCCACGGAUGAGAGAUUUUGCAUCGAUAAUGGAGCAAUGAUUGCUCAAGCUGGUUGGGAAAUGUUUCGGUCUGGCCAAGUAACCCCCUUCGAAGAAACGACCUGCACGCAACGGUUUCGAACUGAUGAAGUGGAAGUGACAUGGAGAGACUGAUUUUCUCUUGUUUAAAGUGCUCAUUAAAACAAGGCUUUUACCAGG